GAAGCAUUUUUCCCAUUGCGAAGGGACUUAUCAGCGAUUUUGUUCCGUAUUGGAGGCACAUCUAGUUUAUCGAAGACUUGCUUACUAUUAUAAUGCUCUCCAAAAAGGCCGGGCAAACAGAGUACUCCGCAUCGGCGAAUGCCAAUUCUAUAGUGUUGCCGGUCAUUGGUUAGCGUAUUCUUCGUCGUAUGGCCUCGUAUGGAUAAGGGACCUUAGACCAAAUCAACCUCAGCGAUCGCGCCCAAGGUUCCUUAUGAUAGAAGCAUUAGGAGGGAUCGCCGGGUACAUAAUCUCUCUCAAGGUAACAGUAGAGGGGGAUGUGAUUAUCGAGUACGAAGCCAUGCUUUCUCCCUCUGAUCUGACGCAACACCCAGUAUGGGGUACAAGUUCUUUAGCAAAAAUGUUCAAGCUCACCCGAGAUGGCACUAUUGUCUGGUCGAUUGAUGUGGACUUAUCACAACGAGAACACGUCGAAAAGGGGGUUGCCACGAGGGAUGUAUUUCAUGGCCCGAGCAUAUAUGGGGACAAAAUGUACAUUUUCAAUAGAAUCGGCAACCCAUGCCGCACACUUCCAGAGAUUAUUGCCAGGCGUCUAGAGGAUGGUCGUGUUACAAGGCGGAUCCGGCUUUCAUUCUCCGACUUGGAGCUUCCAGAAAAGGUGGAUAAUCCUACACAGUCGAAAUCCUCGACCACAACUUCUCCGCCUUCUCUUACUUCGUCUGCAUUAUCAUCACCCCUAUCUCCUCCACCCUCUUCGCCAUCUUUAGAUGGCUCUGACGUCGAAAGUGCACUGGGCGCGUACACCAGCGACGAUGACUCCAGCGAUGAAGAUGAGGAACGACAAGAGAGAAAACGGAACCUGAGGUUCGCCUAUAGCUUCUCCCCCGCAGGAGACUAUUUCGUUCUUCUUAUGCGCACAGCUCCAAAGACAAUACAAUUACGAAUUAUGUGCUCAAGUACAUUGCGACUUUUAUACAAGGAUGAAUUCUCAACUCGGACCGACAACGAGGCUUGCCCUAUAUUCAGAUUCGCCUGCAACGCUCAACAGAUUGUUAUCCGCAGCUACCGCGGCCGGCGCCUAGCCGUCUAUGAAAAAGAACACCACCGAUUCUCUGGCGAGUUUUUCUUUCACCGCAGAACCGACAACUUUGCCGUACGGCGUGACGCCUUUGCAGAUGGCUGUUUUUAUCUGGAAGAAGGCCUCUGGCUAGACAAUGCAUACAACGACACCAGAGCCUAUAUUCGACGAGUCUCUGACUAUCCCAGCGACCAUGAAGCUACCGCGCUAUCAGCAAGAAUGAAACGCGAACAUUUUUACACCCAUCUCUGUAACAACAGCCGCUUGAUCACUGUCCCAUCCCACCUCGGCUCUGCUACCUACUUUCGCAUCAGAAACCGCGGCUUUAUAGAACGACGAGUCCCUGUCUGCUGCGAUCCUGAGCUCUCGCCGGGCUUGAGAGUCACACAGGUAGGAUUCUACCUCGUCCUUAGUGGGCUCAAGCCCGAAAGUGAAGGGCCUGACAAUUACUGUGUCACUAUCAUUGACUUUAACCCGCAUUUCUGA